UGGUCCUCGGUUACACACCAGAUUAAUCCUCUCAUCAUCUUCUUCGUAUCUAUAAGGCUGUGGAACCUUCCAGAUUGGCCCUUGUAGGCAUUUUCAUAUAAUCAAACUGCAGCCAAACAGAACCCCAUAUAUUUGUCUUCUUCACCUCACACACAUCAUUGUGAGAAAUCCUGAUUAGAUUAUGGCUUUGUUUGGCGAUCCCUUCCGGCGUUUCUUCCUCAGUCCUACAGUCUACCGCUCGGCACCCGGAUCAACGGCUCUUCUCGACUGGUUCGAAUCCUCCACCGCCCACUUCUUCAAAGUCAACGUGCCUGGGUACAACAAGGAGGAUAUAAAAGUGCAGGUUGAAAACGGGAACAUACUGGUAAUUAGGGCGGAAGGCGGGAAAGGGGAAUUUAGUGAGGGGAAAGAGAAAGACAUUGUUUGGCAUGUGGCGGAGAGGAAAACAUUUGGGAAAGAGGAUUUCUACAGAGAGAUUGAGAUGCCCGAAGAUGUGAAGGUUGAUCACAUCAAAGCGCAGGUGGAGAACGGCGUGCUUACGGUGGUUGUACCCAAGGAUACAACUCCCAACCUUCCAAUCAGGAACAUCCACGUUACUAGCAAACUUUAAAACUAUGCGUCUCCAUCAAUGUAAAUCAUGCAACUCAAUGUAGAAUGAUUAAUGUAAUAAAAUGAAGUUGCGCGUAA